AUGGACAGUGCUGCCGGCGAGGAACACAGCAUAUCUGAUCCGAUUUCCGUGGAGCAGUUCUUACGGGCCGCUACGCGUGAUGUCGCGAGCGUCAAGCACACGCGCCUCCUGUUUGACUAUAACAUCGCCCCAGACGCGUCAUUAGGUGAUUUCGACCUCCCUGUUGCGCCGCGGUAUCCCCUACCAGCCUACGUGAAGGUUGGAAUCAUCAUCGGCGAGUCCCCCGACGGUGCAAAACACAUCUUAAAUAUGCACGAGUUCAACGGUGAGAUGCCGCACCCGACUGCCAUGGCGCAGGCCUUGUUGUCGGGAAGCGGCCACGUCCCUGUAUUUCGCCCAGGCCCGUGGUCUGUCAAGAAGGCUGUUCAGGCGCGAUUGGGUCGCAUACCAGGGAAGGCUGUCUUCUGGGCAGCGAUCGAGGAUCAGAGCGCGAAGCGCGCCAAGACUGGGGACGAGGCGAACAAGGGUUGGCAGCCCACGGCCGGGAAGAUCACAGAAGGCUUGCGGUUCAUUGAGGCGGAGUGCCCCGAAACCAGCGGGAAUGAUCAGCUCGAGUGGAUUUUGAAGAGUACGUACUUGGAGAAUACUCCACUCAAGGGUCUUGGCAAGACGACAUUGGCCAAAACGCUCUCCAUGGCUCAGGGGCGGUUCAAUAUUCGCACUCACGACCGCGAAGCUAAGCAAGCUGGCUUCCGCGUCGGGAAGCACCUCGAGGUGUUCCGCAACCGAGCAGGCGAGGUCGAGAUUGGCGACAUCUGCGACGACCCUGAUUUGAUGUCUAUGGACGGUGAGGAGGCCUUGGUGUUCCUGAAUGCUGGCGAGACGGGGCUAGUCACCAGGACUCGAUACAGCCCUGCUAAGUUCAAGAAGAACUCGUUCAGAGCGAUCCUGGGUAACCUGCUCGAUGAAGACAUGGAGCCGCCCUCGAGCGACCGCGCGAGCAUCACCUUCGAUGAGUUGCGCAAUAUGAUCGGUCGCUCUUUUGGACCUGUGAAGCCGCAGCUCCUGAUGGCUUUCUUGAAGAUAUGCGUUGUCUUCAUAGCUGGGCAGCAUGGCUUCUACCUCCGUCUGCCAGGCGAGAACGAGGACAUGGUUAUCCACCAUUUUGACGAUGCGCGCCUGCGGAGGGGUGGAGGCUGGGCGAAGCCAGAUCACAAAGCAGAGCAUGCUGUAUUCAGGGGUGGCGUUCGUCAGCGAUCUGAAGGCCACGCCGAGGCCGAGCAGUCUGAGUCUGCCAUCAUCGACAGCUUAUUCUCGAGUUUUUCAGGAGUCCCCGUGGCGGAG